AUGAAGGCACUGAUUCUCGUCGGCGGUUUUGGUACUCGUCUCCGUCCUUUGACCUUGACUUUGCCAAAGCCUUUGGUUGAAUUUGGCAACCGUCCCAUGAUUCUCCAUCAAGUCGAAGCCUUAGCCGCUGCUGGUGUCACCGACAUUGUCUUGGCAGUGAACUACCGCCCUGAAAUCAUGGUUCAAGCUCUUAAGAAGUACGAAGAAGAAUACAAGGUCAGAAUUACCUUUUCCGUGGAGAAUGAGCCCUUGGGCACCGCUGGCCCUCUUGCUCUUGCUCGUGAAAUCCUUGGCAAAGACAAUACUCCUUUCUUUGUUUUGAACAGUGAUGUCAUCUGCGAGUAUCCUUUUGGUGAUUUGGCCAACUUCCACAAAGCCCAUGGUGCCGAAGGUACUAUUGUUGUAACCAAGGUUGAGGACCCCUCCAAAUAUGGUGUCGUUGUUCACUAUCCCAACUCGGAGUCCUUAAUAGAGCGCUUUGUUGAGAAACCUUCUGAAUUUGUUUCCAACAGAAUCAAUGCCGGUAUCUACAUUCUCAACCCUUCCGUCCUUGACCGCAUCCAGCCUCGCCCUACUUCCAUCGAAAAGGAGGUUUUCCCUGCCAUGGUUAAAGACAAGCAGUUGCACUCUUUUGAUUUAGAAAGUUACUGGAUGGACGUUGGUCAACCCAAGGACUAUCUUACUGGUAGUUGCCUUUAUUUGUCCUCUGUGAGAAAGCACAAGCCUGAGAUGUUAGCCCCUGCUGGCCCUUCCAUUAUUGGCAAUGUCUUGAUUGACGCUUCUGCCACCAUUGGCAAAAACUGCAAAAUUGGCCCUAACGUCGUUAUCGGUCCUAAUGUUUCGAUCGGUGACGGUGUUCGCCUUCAACGUUGCGCUAUCCUCAAGUCAUCCCGCGUACGCGACCAUGCCUGGGUGAAGAGCACCAUUGUCGGAUGGAACUCUACCCUUGGAUCAUGGAGCCGUUUAGAAAAUGUUUCUGUUUUGGGUGACGACGUUGUCGUCAAUGAUGAAAUCUAUGUUAAUGGCGGUAGCAUUUUACCCCACAAGAGCAUUAGCGCCAAUAUUGAAGUCCCUGGUACCAUUGUUAUGUAA